AUGCCAACCAUGUUGGACCCCAACGAAUACACGGUCGGCUGGAUCUGUGCCAUCUCUACCGAGUUUAACGCAGCAAAGGCCUUCCUAGACGAGAAACACGAUGGGCAGCCUCCUGUUUCCCAGCACGACUGCAACAGCUAUGCUCUAGGCACGAUGGGUGAUCAUAACAUUGUGAUUGCUGUAUUGCCUGAUGGGGAGUACGGCACCACUUCUGCUGCUGCGGUAGCGAGAGACAUGCUGCACAGCUUCCCGAAUGUGCGUAUUGGAUUAAUGGUUGGUAUUGCCGGCGGCGCACCUAGCUCUAAGCACGACGUACGGCUUGGUGAUAUUGUUGUUAGCCGUCGCAAUGGCGGUAAAGGUGGCGUCUUCCAGUAUGACUAUGGCAAGGCUGUCCAGAACCCGGCGGUCUCUUUUGAGCAUACGGAUUUCUUGGACCAACCACCGAUGUUGCUUCGGGCGGCUGUUAGUUCUCUUAGGAGCAAAUAUGAAAUGGAAGGACAUCAUUUGAAGGCCGAUGUUGAGAAGGCUUUGGGGCGGUGGCCACGGCUUCGAAAGACCUACUCCCGGCCACCUGCAGAUAGCGACAAGCUCUACCGAUCCGAUAUCAUUCAUCCGAACUCUUCGGAAGGAUGCCACAGUGUUUGUGGCGAUGAUACAGCCCUCUUGAUAGAGCGGCCAAAACGGACUGACGAUGAGGACGACCCAGCAAUUCACUAUGGAUUGAUGGCUAGCGCCAACCGUUUGAUGAAGGAUUCUACUCUUCGAGACAAACUCACGACGGAAAACGGCGUCCUAUGCUUCGAGAUGGAAGCUGCUGGCCUAAUGAACCAUUUCCCAUGCUUGGUAAUCCGUGGCAUAUGCGACUACUCCGAUUCACAUAAGAACAAGGAAUGGCAAGGGUUCGCUGCAAUGAUGGCAGCAGCUUACGCAAAAGAUCUCUUGCAUCAGAUCCCACCUAACAAGGUGGAGGCGGAGAGACGGAUUGGUGAUGUUCUUGGUACAAUCAAAGACGACCUUGAUCAUAUGCAGCAGACUACGAACGAGAUCAAUGCUACAACAGUGAAAUUAAAACAUGACCAGCACAUAACCAGAUUGCAUAAAUGGUUGUCUCCGCCAGACUCAUCGACAAAUUUUAACCAUGCCAGACAAAAAUGCCACAAGGGAUCCGGAUUAUGGUUUAUAUCAAGCUCUAUUUACAAAGAUUGGAAGCAAGGGUUACGUCGACAUCUCUGGCUCCAUGGCUUGGCGGGGUGUGGGAAAACGGUGCUAAGUACGACAAUAGUGGACGAUCUUCGGAAGGCAAAUGAUGCCAUCACCCUCGAAUUUUACUUCGACUUUAGCGAUAACACAAAGCAAGGACUAGACGGUGUUCUACGCUCCCUCAUUUUUCAACUCUAUAACUUGGGGCACAACACCGAAGAACUCGGCAGUUUAUACGACACUCUUCUUCAGGGUCAAAAGCAGCCAGAUACCAAAGCUUUAACAAAUUGCUUUAGCGCAAUAAUAAAAGGAACUAAAACAAUUUACAUUGUUCUUGACGCUCUUGAUGAGAGUACAGAUAGAGAACAAUUGCUCGAUUGGAUGAAAGACAUCUUCACUUUACCCGAUCUCAGUCACAUCUUUUUAAUCGCCACUAGUCGACCUGAAGAAGCGUUUCUCAAGCGCCUGCCAUGCUGGGUCGGAGAGGAGAACUGCUUCUCGCUUGACAAAACGGCCAUAAAUACAGACAUCUACGCCUAUGUCGUGGCCCAACUCAAACAACGUCCUGCUUUCGUCGACAAGAAUUUAUCCGACGACCUCGGGGCCCAGAUUCGGGAUAAAGUCGGAAAUGGGGCUGAUGGCAUGUUCAGAUGGGCAGCAUGCCAAUUAGACAGUCUUUCAGCAUGCCAGAGUCCCCAGGAUAUAGAAGAUACGCUCAAAUAUCUACCAGAGGACUUGAAUCGAACAUACCAACGCAUGAUCGACUGUAUUCCACCAUCACAGAAGAGUAAAGCAGUUCGUCUGCUACAUUUCAUGGUCCACGCCGAUACUCCAUUGACUGUAUCAGAGGCAAUAGAUGUGAUAGCCACUCAAGCGGAUGAGGGGCCACAAGGUUUCAAUAUUAAGGCGAGACCAUUCCAAGGAGCUAGCAUUUUGCACUACUGCCCCGGCUUAGUGUCUAUAGUGGAAGUUUCAAAGCUGGGCAGUUAUAACCUGGUUACUGAAGUCCACCUUUCCCACUUCUCAGUGAAGGAGUAUCUUUUGCAGGAAGACAGGUUUGAUCUUAUGAGAUCUAGCAUUGUCAUCACCCAGACUUUCUUGACUUAUCUUGCGGAUAGUAAGAGUGGUUUAUAUUACACUGCCGAUCGAUGCUUUCCACUGGCAAAACGUGCUGCCAAUACGUUCAUGAAGUAUGCUGCUUUAUCUGAGACUUCGAACGACAUAGUUUCAGCAAUCCUAGUUUUCCUGGAAGACGAGGCCUCUUUCCAGUGGUGGGUUAGUUUGAUUGAGACUGGCCAGUAUAACCCUGGCGUUAUCUUAACCACCAGACUCUGUUCUACUUGUUAUGGUGGAAUGUUAAGGGUGUCAGAAAGCCUGAUUCAGAAAGGGGUAGAUGUCAAUCAGCAACCUAAAGAAGGCAUUCCUACCGCUCUCUAUGCUGCCUCACAAGAAGGCCAUUUUGAUAUUGCCCAGCUUCUCUUAGAUAAAGGAGCAGACGUCAAUUCACAGGGUAAUGGGUCCCAUGGCACCGCUCUUUACGCUGCCUCAAAAAAUGGUCACUUGGAGAUUGUCCGACUGCUCAUAGACAGAGGAGCGAAUAUCGAUAUGCAAGAUCAGCGGGCUCAUAAAGCUCUAUAUGCUGCCUCUAGAUACGGCCACUUACAAACUGUCCAGCUGCUCUUGGACAGAGGAGCCAUUGUCGAUAUGCGAGACCAUUUGGACCGUACAGCUCUUUAUGCUGCCUCAGAAAACGGCAAACUGGAGAUUGUCCGGCUACUCUUAGACUACAGAGGAGCAAAUGUUAAUGUGCAAGACCAGUGGGCCUGUACCGCACUAUACGCUGCCUCGAAAAACGGCCACUCGCAAACUAUCCAGCUGCUCUUGGACAGAGGAGCCAAUAUUGAUAUUAAAAAUAGACGGGGUGAUUGUGGGAUAUACGCUGCCUCACAAAACGGCCACUCACAAACUGCCCAGCUGCUUUUGGAUAGAGGAGCGAAUAUCGAUAUGCAAGACCAGAUGGCCCAUAGGGCUAUAUAUGCCGCCUCUAGAUACGGAUACUUGCAAGCUGUCCAACUACUCUUAGAGAGAGGAGCUAGUAUUGAUAUGCAAGACCACUGGGCCUCUGAGGCUCUAUUUACUGCCGCAGAAAAUGGCAACUUGGAGAUUGUCCGACUGCUCUUAGAGAGAGGAGCUAGUACUGAUAUGCAAGAUCACUGGGCCUCUGAGGCUCUAUUUACUGCCGCAGAAAAUGGCAACUUGGAGAUUGUCCGACUGCUUAUAGACAGAGGAGCGAAUAUCGAUAUGCAAGACCAGCGGGCUCAUAAAGCUCUAUAUGCUGCCUCUAGAUACGGCCACUUACAAACUGUCCAGCUGCUCUUGGACAGAGGAGCCAAUAUUGAUAUGCAAGACCAGUGGGCCCGUACCUCUCUCUACGCUGCCUCAAAAAACGGCCACUUAGAGAUUGUCCGGCUGCUCCUAGAUAGAGGAGCGGAUGUUGGUCUGCAAAGUAGCUAUUGGAGUCACGUACUCAAUGCUGCCUCGAUAUACGGCCAUUCGGAUGUUUUCCAGCUGCUUACAGAAAGAUUCGCUGCCAAGCAAGUAGGGCAGGGCACACAAGGAGAGCAGGAUAGGCAGGCUAAGCGGGCCAGAUGCGAAUAG